AUGACAGAAAGCCUGGUCAGGAUGCGGCGAGGUCUCUUUUUUAUUUUGCUGCUCCGCUUUGGCAUUUGGGAUGGGAGUAAGAGUGGAGUUUGGGGUCUGAUCAUGCGCCACUGUGUGACUUUUGAGGAGGACCUCUUUCGGGACAUUGCAGGAACUGUGCCUUGUCAUCACAUGCAAGGUCUGGGUCUCUAUGCUGAAUGCAACAAUGUCACUGACUUCAGGUCAGACCUCCAAGAAGUCUCUCCUGCAGUUCGUUCCUUAUGUCUUUACCACAGAGCAACUACCCUCCCUGCUCAUUCUUUCUCGCAGUUUGGGGUUCUGGAGGUGUUGAGUGUGGAUGGGAAAAUAGAAAAGGCACAAUCUGGUGCUUUUUUAGGAUUGGACAGUUUGACACACUUGCACCUGCUCUUUUCUGACAGCCUCUGUAGAGAAGUGAGUUUGGAAUCAGGAGUGUUCCAAGGCUUGCACAACUUGAAGGAGCUGCGAAUGAAUGGCUUACGCUUUGCUAACGUACCCAACACUGUUUUUUCCCCUCUGGUGGGGGUAUCCAAACUGCAGUUAUAUGGGGACUGCAUUGAAGACAUCGGGGAGGUUUUUUGUCGGCUGCCGCCGUGGAUGUUGCAUUUGGAGACUUUGAUAUUGAGCUACAACCACAUAGCCACAAUUCAGAAUCAAGGAUGCGAAGCAGGAUCAAGGAGCUGGCCCGUUCCAGUGCUAUCCGGGAUUAAGACCUUGGAUCUGAGUGACAACCCAAUCAAGAAAAUUGUACCAGAGUCCUUGAAGGUCUUUCAGAACUUGUCUAGUCUUGAAUUUGGUUUAAAAGGUCAGUGGGUGGGUGGCAUUUGGGAAUCUGGAAUAGGAAGCACUGGGGAGAUAUUACUAAGGGGUGACCCUAGUGAUAGACUCCCUCUUGGCUUUGGUGAUUUGUGCAGUCUUGUCUCUCGACUGGGAGUGAAAUCCUUACUACUCGCCUAUUCCGUAAUAGAGGAGCUGUCUGUAGAAGUGCUAAAAAAAUGCAACAAUGGAUUGAAACGAUUGCUUCUAGGCUUUAGUGAAAUAAAAGCUCUGGAUUUGGGGUUCUGGGUGGGUGUAGACAGGAUAGAAUUCCUGGAAAUGAAUAGAAUUAAACUAAACAAUGCCUCAUUCUGUACUCAUGGAAAAGGCAAAGUUUGGAAUAUCACAACUUUAAACUUGCCUCAAAAUUUGCUAAAAGCCAUAGAGACGAAUCAGUUUGCUUGCAUGCCACUUUUGGAACAACUUGAUUUGGAGCAGAACUUAAUUGAAAGUCUUGCAAGUGGUGCCUUCCAUGGCUUGCAGCGGCUGAGGACCCUAAGCCUGGUAGGCAACCAUAUCAAAGUGCUGGUGCGAUCAGAUUUUGAAGGUCUUGUAGCUUUAGAGGUGUUGCUAUUGCAUGACAACCACAUAGGAAAUAUUGAGGAGGGAGUAUUCAGGAAGCAAAUGGCACUGCAAGAGCUGACAAUUGGGAAACUGGAGUAUAUCUAUCAAUUGUACCUCAGCGUGCUCUUUUAUGGAUUCCCACCAAAGUUACGUCACCUGAGGAUAGAUGCUGGAUAUGGAACUUAUAUCUCAAUAGGGAGCGCAUCAGCCCCUGAUGCCCCCUUUGAUCUGGAACUGAAUGGGGAUUUACUGGAAUUUUCUGAAUGUGACAGUCCAGUCUUCCGGAAGGUGCGCGAAUUAAAAGUUGGCAAUGGUCAGUUCACUUGCCAAAGUGUGUUUAUGGCGCGAUAUUUCUCCAAUGUGGAAUCGCUUGAGUACCAUGCACACCCAGAGAAGAUCCUCACCGACUACACAGGGAUCAACAAGCUCACCAAACUGAGGCGCCUUAAAUUGACUGACCUCAACUUCCUCAACCACACGGAUCCGGGUUUGACCUUCCGAAACCUCACCAACCUGAAAACCCUGCUUCUGCUCAACUGCCGCCUCAACUUCCUGACCAAAAGCAUCUUCAGUGACCUGAAAUCUCUUCGCCUUCUGAGGCUCUACAGUGACAACCCGAUGACUAUCUUGGAAGGGGCUCUGUACCCUCUGCAGUCACUUUCAGUCCUGGUUUUCGAUCGGUUGGACUUCUACUGUGACUGUACCAACAGCUGGCUCCUGGACUGGCUCGAGGGUUCACGCCGCGUGCUGGCGGUCUACCUCCAGAGACAGCUCUGCGUCCUGCACUACCAGCGGCUCAACUUCCUGUCCACUAUGGAGAGGCUCUGCCAGACGGACGUGCACAUCCUGUGCUGCAUGUCCACCGCUGUGUGCGUCUCCCUGUUCCUCUCCGCUGCCCUGGGGUACCGCUUCGCCCGCUGGCCCUUCCUGGUCCUGUUCUUCCGAGUGCGAGGCUGGGUGGAGAGGAGGCUGGGGAAUAAGAGGAGGAAGAGGAGGGAGGGAGAGGAAGAGGAGGAGGAGGAAUGGAAGUUUGACGCAUUUGUGUCGUACAGCAGUCGAGAUGAGGCGUGGGUAAUGGAUGAGCUGGCGCCCAGGCUGGAGCAGGAAGGUGAACCCACGCUGAGACUCUGCCUACACAACCGGGACUUUGAGGUAGGGAAGGGCAUCGUUGACAACAUCGCGGAGAGCGUGUAUAGCAGCAGGCGAACCGUGUGCGUGCUGAGCCGCCGCUACCUGCGCAGCGACUGGUGUGCCCUGGAGAUGCGGGUAGCCACGCAUCGCCUGCUGUCCGAGCAAAAGCACCGGCUCAUCCUCAUCUUCCUGGAGCGCAUCUCGCCCUUCGAGCUGUCUGCAUACCACCGUUUAGCUAAACUGGCCCAGACACGUACCUACCUGGACUGGCCGGAGCAAGAAGCGGAAAGGUUGGAAUUCUGGGAAAGGCUGCGCAGAAAUAUUGCUGACAGAGAUGGAAAGGAGGAGAGGAGCAGAGAGGGAGGGUCUGUGCUCUGA